CAGACAUCAGCACAUAUCGAUCACCCACUAUGAGCGGUGCAUCGUGGAAGUAACCGCUGAUUGUUUCUUCUGCCAAGACGCUUCUGUAGCUUCUACAGAGAGCCGAUUAUUCAACGACGCGCGCAACGCUUUUUCCCCUUCGCGUGUCUCACCGCGCACUGUUGACGCGGCAUUCCCGUCAAUGCUAACCCAGAAAGUCUUUGUUUGCCAUGAAUCCUAGAGAAAACGGCUUGGCCGUUGCCGCCCAGGCAAACUCCAUUGCAUCAACCAAGCUGACAGAGAAAGAAGCAAGCGAGAUUGCAGAGUACGAAAAGAUACUGCGAUUUCGCGAUGCUAUCCUUUCUGGAGAGCACCCAACCAUCAAGAUUCAAGGGAACGUAGCUCUCUCAUCCAAUGCCAUCCCCAGCGAUACAAGAGCGCCAUCAGAACCCGGUGAAGUAGACACAAGGUCACGCGCUCCAAAGCCGCCUUUUGCAAGUACCCAGAAUCAGAACCCUACUUUCCCGCCGCACUUAGCGGAUGCUGGUGCUAAACCAACUGAUUCUAAACACCCAAGACCAUUUGGGGCUGGGGCUGGGGCUGGGACGACGCAGAUCAAUCCCAUUUUUCUUGAAAAAUCUGACGAACUUGUUAGGGCUGAAAUCCAGCUUCAGAGACAAAGGCUUGAACGUGCCCUAAGAGAAGAACUUGAGAACCAUCGAAACACGAGGCACGCAGAGCCCGUCAUCGAAUUUGAUCUAUCUGAUGUGCUCGCCAAGGCCUUGACCCUUGUUCAAGCCUCUGCUACAUCUUUUGCGGCCAAUAGAGGCUUGACUGCUAAUUCUGCAAGUGAUUCUUUCGACGAUAGAACAUACUACUCCUCGCAGCAUGAAACGCCUGAAUCUAAUCUAACUUCACGUGUGCGCCGCUCAACCGAUGAGGGGAUGACGAUGGUUGACGGCCGCAGGAGAUCUCAAUCAAGGCCUCGUGAAAGCUUGAACAGUGGUAGCCAUGUGGCAGCUGCUGUGAGAGACUACCCGGCCGCAGGCCCUUCAUCUCAGCCCUCGUACCAAGCUCCUGUUCCGACGGCGAACACUACUAUCAGUAGGCCAGGAAAGCAGCAGGUUCCUGGCCUUCAUCAUUUGCAUGUCGAUAGUGGAAACCUACCAGUUGCCCACGCUCCAGCCAUUGCUGCCAUCGGCACUGGUACAGAGGCCAACCGGGCUGCAGAAACAGACCACCAGGGCCCUGAACACAGCGUACCUCAGUCUGAUCAGAAUCAACCUGGGCAGCCACUCCCCCCUUUGAUUCGGAAUCAUAACUUGAUACCUGUUGCCCCUCAGCCGGCAAAGAUUGCACCCUUGACCGUAGUCAACGUGCAAACCCCCGUCGCUGAACCAGUAUCCGCGCCUCUAGUUGCACCAGCACAAGCGCAGGUGGCAGCUCUUAGGAAUGAGCCUGCUGCUGCUGCUGUCUCCGACAGCUCUUCCCAGGGUGCGAGAGAUGGGGACCAGAGAAGAAAGAAGAAGAAGAGAAAGGCCGAACGGCAAGCGCCAGAGGCCGAGGCCAGCCCUCGCAUCAAAGUUGAGCCUCGUUCACAAUCGCCCGUGACAGCUCCAGCGUACAUCAGGCCCAGCAAACGACAGAGACAAUCUCAAGGACAUGCUAAUGAAUCUGAACGAUCUGAGCCGAGAUUAACCCAGCCUCCAUCAAAUGCUUCCUAUGAGCGGCAAUCAUCACAGGUAUAUCGAGGCGAGCGAGCUCCCGUAACCUACCAGGCUCCUGACCCUAGGCGAAUUGUUCUUCGCCAUGCUCCGGGCACAGAGCCCGCUACUGCUCUCAACUAUGACAGAGAUUUCAUCGAUGAUCGUCAUGUAUCUGGCGAGGGCUUCAUACGCGCGCCUCCUUCAGGCGAGCACUACGUACGCCGGGAUUACGCACGUGAGACGGAUGCUUUGAAUAGACUAAGGCAUGGGACGAUUGUGAGAGAGCCAUACGUCAUCUCGGAAGGCCCAUAUCGAGAACCUACACGCGUCUAUCACGAGCCUCUUGAAGCGCCACGAGCGAGCGUACAUCCAGAGGGUGAGUCUUUCAUAGUUCCUCCCCGGCCACCAACGCGGGUUAUGGUAGAUUCAUAUGGACGAGAGUACAUCGAACCUGCACUUUCCUCUGCCCGGCAAUCUGUUGCCCCCUUGCCCCGAUCUGGAGAGCCAGAGGUAGUUUAUGAGCGACUACCCACCCAGUCCUUGUCAGGCCACCCUGGGGCUGGAGUACCAUACAAUGAAAGCGGUGUGGUGUACGCCAGACCUCUAUCUGUCUACGAUCCCGCCAAUAGAGUAUAUGUAUCUCAGCCACCCGAGUAUCCUUACGACCAUAGGGAUGGUCAGUAUCGUGAACAUCAGUUACAGCAAAGAGGCUAUAUUCAACUUGCGGGACCUCAUGAUCGCAGAAUCGUCGAGGAACGGCCGAUAGAGUAUGCCUCGCGAGCGGUUGGCUACCAGCCACCCGAUCGGGUGCGGCUCGAAACUACUGCCCAACCAUAUUAUCGCAUGCAUAGCACACACCCCGAGGCUGGCGGGAGAGAACCCACCUCUGCUUCGACUCUCCGCUAUGACAGUCGCCGCCCUGAUGGCCCUCAGCCGUACAUCAGGGAAUAUGUUGGCAGUCCUAUGCAGCGACCACCAACUGUUCACAGAGAAUACAGCGUGCGGCCCUCUGAGCGAUACCAGGGGCCUCCAGCGCCUGCAAGGGGAUCCAAUGAGAUUGCCUUCAUUGAGCAGCCUCGGGCAGCAACACGGGAAAUCGUGUACGUGGAUGACGUCCGAAGAGAAGUUUAUCGGUAAGGAGCGGCUACAUAACCGACUCUUUUUUUCUUUUCUUUUCUAUGUCGCGUUUGUAUAAGAUCUUGUAUGACUACUUUUUCGGAAAAGGCACCUGGGACCUAGCAAAAUGGAACAAGGAUAAGGCAUUUGGCAUUUGGCAACUGGCUCAAAAAGGCUACUGGUAUAAAAGCGUAUAGGUGAUUGAAUUUUCAAACAUUGGAGGACAGUGGAUUUCUAUGGCCCAUACUGAGGCUGCAAAUACGCAAAUAACUUGAGCAUGUACUCUUGAGCUAUAAUGAAGCUAUCAAAGUAUCGAAAACAAAAUGGGAGUCCAUAGGUAAACAUUGCUAUAUCAUGAAAUAUGC